AUGACGAAAGCGCGAAACAACUCCCAAUGUGGGCUGGCAUGUCCGAUGGAAAGUGAUUCUGACGAUCGAAGUGAUGACCAUCCUUUACGACUACAAAAACCCCGCAGCAAUAUAAAUCCGGCGUCGACUAGAUCAAGUCAAAGUACAAAGUCAAAUAAAACUGUUGAUUUGUCCUGCAGCAAGUCAUCAGAGAGCGAGCCUAUGGCAAUGCAAUUACUUUCAUCAACCACAUCCACCGACAGCAGCAGUGACGAGACUACAUCGUCGAGAAACACAGAAAAAAGCAUAAAAGAAAAAGUCGUAGAAAACAAAGCAAAGCCAGAUCGAAGAAAACGCAAAGCCAAAUGUCGCUCUAAACGUGGUCAUAGUCGAGUGUAUGAUUCUGCAUCAGAAGAGGAAAAUGAGCAACCAGCAGUAAGUAAAGAAAGAUAUGUCAAUCCCUAUUUUCCGCUCCGUUUCAUGGACCCUUACAAAUUUGGUCCGCAUCCAAGCACUGGAUUGAGACAGUCGUUUUCGUUUGAACAUGACAGAACAUCGAGACAAAAUGUCAAUGUGCCAACAAGUAGCUCAGCCGUAUAA